UGUCAAGUCAAAAUUUUAACCAUAGUGUCAAUGAACUGACAGGUAACGAUAAGGGUUUUGAAUUAUUUAUAAGUGAUUUGAUUCCUUAUAUUUUAAUGCGAAAGGCUUUUAAAGAUAAGUUUUCUGGAACAAAACAUUUAGUUAAGUAUGCAAUUUUAAAUCCACAGUUGAUAUAUUUUUUCUUGAAAAUGUCCGAUUUCAGGAAAGUGUUAUCAAAACCAUCUACCUCUUCUUCACAUGAAUCUACGUCAGACGUUUUAGAAAUCAAAAUGGAACAAGAAUUACUUUUAAAAACCGAAUUAGAUGCUCUUAAGGAACAAAUGAUUAACUUAAAAGCUGCUAUUCAAGCGUUGCAAAGUGAAUCAGAACAAAAAGACGUCUCGAUAGCAAAUUUAGCAAGAGAUAAAGAAAAAAUUACUUUAGAUUUAUUAAGAACAAGACGAACCAAUGCAACUCUAGCAAAACAAUUAGAAGAAGAACGUAAAUAUUAUUUUAAAGAAAAAGAAUUAUACUGCCAUGAAAUGAACGAAUGUAAAAAAUUAAAAAAACUUUUAAGUGAUUCAUCUAUCGGUCAAAGUGAACGAGCUAUUGAAGAUUAUCGAAAUGAAAUAGCUAACUUGAAACAAACAUUAAAUCAGACUCUAGAGGCUAAUUAUAAUUUAAGUAUCAAGUUUUUACGUAUGAAAAAUACAAAAACAUGCUUGAAGACAGAAUUACAAACAAUGAAACUUGAACAUGAAAAGUUAAGUAACGAAUAUAUGACUAAAAUUGAAAAUUUAACUGCAGAACUUAAUGAUCUUGUAAGCGAAAAAUUAAACGAUACACUAUCGCCGAGCAGCAAAAAAUACCUACAGUUGGUCAAACAAAAUAGUUGCUUGGUGUAUGAAAAUCUCUGCCUUCAACUUGAAGUGGAUAAUUUGAAUUUCAAACUCGAAAAAAUACAGCUCCACAAAACAAAAAGUGUUACUAACGAACAUUUAACUUACAUUCACCACAAAAUUCAGCCAGAAUUUAGAAAUCCUAAAGAUUUUUAUAGAAAUGUAAUCCAAAAUGAAACGCCAGAAAAAUUAGAAACAGAACCAAAACCGUGUUGUAGUAAAACGUAUACAGAACAAUACGAAACUGUAAAAAUAUAUGAAAGGAAAAAGGAAUCUGACGUUCCAACUAUUCAAAUAGUAGAUGAGACGAAGAAAAAAGAAAAGAAACAAAAGAAGAAGAAAAAACAAGAGGAAAUGGAAAAACCACAUGCAAAAGAAAAGAAAUCUGAUCGAAAAAGUAUUAAAACGCAAAAAUCGCAAUCCAUCGUAAAACACGAUAGAGAUUUUACACCAGAUUAUCGAAUAAACGUUGAUGAUAAGUACAAAGAACGAAUAGCCAAGAAUAAUUCUGCUAAAUUAGCUCUUUUUCAAGUAUCUAACGUCACUUCUUCAACAUCGACUAAUUGUGUAGAACCUAGUUUUAAAAGGACCCAAUCAUCUCCGGAUAUAGUACAAAGUACACAUUUUCGUAAAUUAUCUUAGCAACUACUUCCUUUUUUGUAUGUAAGUUCCAACAAAACAAAAUA